CCACCCGUGUGUGGGAUGGAAAUUAGUCUUCCGGUGGAACUGAACUCUAGACGCAUCAACGACAACAACAAAAUGGCCCUCGACAGUAGUGUACGGCGUGUGGUGAUGGUGUUGCUAGCUUGUCUAGCUGUUACGUCCGGUGUACGCUUUCACCUAAGUGAGCAGAAUGACAUUCUACCGAACAGUUCCGUGAGACGCCCCUUCUACAAGGGGGCACGUAUCGUGGGUGGAUCAGUAGCCGCGGAAGGACAGUUCCCCCAUCAGGUCGCACUGUUGCGUUCGAACGCACUGACCUGUGGAGGAUCGCUGAUCGAUAGCCGCUGGGUACUGACCGCGGCACACUGUGUUUACAAUGGUGCAGUUCUUGUUCCAGCAUCGACGAUCGUUGUUUUGGCUGGAUCUGUUAGCUUGAAUGGCGGGGUAAGGCGUGCGGUGGCUAGAGUGAUACCACACGAACGGUACGGUAACUUCCAGAACGAUGUGGCAUUACUGCAGUUGCAGCAGGCACUGCCCACUUCGGCCUAUAUCCGACCGAUUGCUCUUCGAACGACCAGUGUUCCAGCAGGCAGUGAGAUCGUUAUCUCGGGCUGGGGUCGUAUAUAUCAGGGUGGACCAACCUCAUCGCUGCUUCGAUAUAAUCGUGCCAACGUAAUCCCGGACCAACAGUGCCGUGCAGCUACCGGUAUCUCUAGUGGACUGAUCUGCUUUACCUCACCGGUUAAUAAUGGGGCCUGUAAUGGUGAUUCGGGUGGACCGGCCGUGCUGAACAAUCAGCUUGUCGGUGUUGCUAACUUCAUCAUCAACUACUGCGGCUCUAGCAGCCCCGACGGCUACGCGAAGGUGUCCGACUUUGUACCCUGGAUUCAGUCCGCGAUGCGCCGCUAUUAGUCAUGCCGCAGAAGAGUUUUCGCUGUGAUGAUUUGCAAAACGAAGCAGAGGAAGAGUAAAAAAAAACAGUAGCACAAUUGUGAUGGGAAAAUAUUUAUUCAUUUGCCGUGUGACGUCUGUGGGUGUGAAUGUGGGUCGAAAGAUGAAACGGAUGGUUGUUGGCAAGCUGCACACGUGCGGACAUGUUUUGUACACUUCCUGCAAUGGAGCUUGGAUGGUGUUUGACAUUUUUAGAUAUGGAAUAAGUGAAUAAACAAGAGUAUGGUUUUGUUUGCAUAAAAUAUAAUAAAUUCAUGAAUGAAUAUGAAUUGUCGACUAUUA